AAAACUCUAUGUUGAGGUUGAUGGUUAAGGAAACACAAAAUCUAGUUUCCAAGAAACAAAAGAAAGUAUCUCCCUCUAUAUCGCCGAGAAUUUAACACAAAAUCUAUGUUCUAUCUAAAACAAAAAGGAAAAGUUGAGCAAGAAGAAAAAAAAAGGGUUUGAAGAGAUUUCAUCUGUCUUGUUGCAUUAGCUACUUCUCACUUUGAUCUAUCAAACAAAUGUCUCGCCGGAGUCGUCAAAAGAAUAAAAAGAACAAAACAAUGGCUCCAACAAUGGUAUACGACGAUGUUUGCGAGGAAGAGGACAUGAGCAUCAUCACCUCUUCCGAGAAUAGCCAUUUCAUCUUCACAAUUGAUACAAGAUUGUUGAUUGACCCUCGUCUAGUUUUUAUCCACAAAUUAAUUGGCGAAGGCAAUUGCUCCAGGGUAUACGCAGGAAUGUUCGAGUCCAAAUCGGUUGCUGUGAAGGUCAUCCAACCAAUGAGAACAUCAGAUGUUCUCUUCCAACACAAAGAGAGAUUCGAAAGAGAAGUCACCAUACAGUCAAAGACCAAUCAUCCAAACAUUGUCCAGCUAGUUGGAGCAUCUGUGGAUCCUGCCAUGUUCUUAAUCACGGAGCUCAUGUCCGGUGGAACCCUACAGAAAUACCUGUUGAGUGUCCGCCCCAGCCGUUUGGAUUUGGAACUUUCUCUUGGUUUUGCUCUGGACAUUUCACGUGCAAUGGAGUAUUUGCAUGAUAUCGGCAUCAUCCAUCGCGACCUCAAACCUGGCAAUUUACUGCUCACGGAAGACCACAAGAGCGUGAAAGUGGGUGAUUUUGGACUUGCAAAGGAGUUGAUGACAAAUGAAAUGACGUGCGAGGCUGGAACCUACAGAUGGAUGGCGCCUGAGGUGUUCAGUCGAGAAUCACUCCAAAUUGGAACCAAAAAGCAUUACGACCACAAGGUGGAUGUCUACAGCUUUGCAAUCAUCUUGUGGGAAUUACUCACCAAUGAAUCUCCAUACAAAGGAAGAAACAUGCUCGCUAUAGCCUAUGCCGCCAUAGCCAAAAAAGAGAGACCUAGCUUGGAGAACCUCCCAAACGACGUCGUCCCACUCCUACAAUCUUGUUGGUCCGAGGACCCAAGCUGUCGACCAGAGUUCACAGAGAUCACACGUCACCUAGAAGAUGUGUUGAAGAGAAUCAAGGGUUCUGAAAACUCGUCGUCUUUCAACGAUGCAACGAUGGCAACUAUUGACAACCAUAGUAAAAGUAAUAGUGUUGAGACAAAGGAUCAUGAACAACUAAUUGUGAAUGGUAAAGGUGGUCACAUGAUAAAAAAGUCGGUUGCAAAGGUGAAAAAGAGUAAACAUGGAACCCCGUUCUUUAUUUGCUUCAACGAUUGCUUGUGUGAAUAGUAUUGUUUUGUUGCGUAUUUAUUUACUAGGGCAUGUGAAAGAACAAAUAUCAGAGCCUCGUGUUCUCUUUUGUGCUUGUAAAUAUUUAAGGAACCCGAGUGCGAUUGUAGAUUUAACGUAAUUCAUGUUAUAUAGAACACCUACAUAUUUUUGGUGGGUUGUUGUACAUUACUAUUUGAUAGGUAUCUUAUUGUAUAUUCUCUACAAACUUCUUAUUCAGGAAAUGUAAAUUAAAGAGGAUUUGUAUAUAACUAAUUAAUUCAUAUUGCUGAAAUAUAAUAAAAUUCUUGAUUUAUG